ACCAGAAGUGACGUAUGAAUGUUUUGAACCACCCGGGCGGAAGAAACGGCUCAACGCUGAACGUCGCUGUUGAACGCUGCCAACAUAAAAACACAUCGGGAAAACCUAUGCUUAAUGACCCUUGCAUUUUAUCCACACUAAGGAGACAUGGACCUCCAUAAAAUUAUCCAUGAUGCUCUCCACGAGUUCAUCCAGACGUUCAUCCCCGAUGCAGAUCUCAGCUCAUUGGACGAGUUUCUCCUCUCCUACAUAACCGGAGUGUUGGAGGACCUCGGCUCCCAGGAGAGUGUGGAAGAGAACUUCGACAUUGAAGUCUUCACUGAAAUGCUUGAAGCUUACAUACCUGGGUUUGCUGAGAUCGACAGCGUCAAAGUCUGCGAAAUGAUGUUUAUUUUGGCCUCAAAAUUAGCAGAUGCUCGGAGCACAGAAAAUAAUAGUGCUCCAGCGACGACGCAUGACGUGCCUUCGUUACCCAAUGCCUUGGCUGAGGAAGCUCCACCGGGACGGGGGACGGAGUGCCCUGAAACACCGACAGAGGGCGCCACUGCCAAAAGUCCAAUGUCGGGUUGGGAGGCCGAGGAGCAGCACCUUCUGGAGAUGUUCCCCAAGUGUGGCCUGUCGGAGGCCCGCAGCGCCCUGUCCAUCGCCAGGGGGGACAUGGAGGAGGCCGUGCGGCUCAUCAUCGAGGGAGACGUCAAGCUGAGCUCCUCCCCGCUCAAUAUAAACCAGGGGAAGAAUGGCUCCGCCGGGGCGGACCAGAAGCUGAAGGAGACCAUUCUGGAAAAGUACAUGCUGGUAGACCGAGAGGAGGACAAGACCACACACCGGCCGGUCGCUCCAAAAGAUGCCCCAAAGAAGUUGGUGCGCUACCAUGGCAACCAGGUGGUGACGACAAAGGGGGAGCGGUAUCAGAUGGUGAAGAAAGAAGAGACGGAUGACAUGAAGAAGACGUACGUCAGCAUAAAACCCGCGCGCAAAUACAGGUUCCAUUGAUGACUAGCCAUGCCUUCAGAGAGCAGCUAUCCACGUUGUUUACAUGUUGUUGUUUUUCUCAAUGGUGUUUUAUUGGCUAGCGCCUGAACUGGCUAGGUAAUUCCCAAAGUAAAGGAAUAUGCUUUUGUGUCUGGUUUUAUAAUCUGGGUUUUUUUACAUUGCCAUACACUGCCUUGGUUCAUCUCAGUUAUUUUGUUUUAGUUUUAUAAUGGUAACACUAUUCACAGGCCGUAGUUGUGUAACUGUUUUGUGUGGUGUUUUUUGGUUGCGCCUUUUGCUUUUGGAAACAGUGGCGUUGCGUUUUAAACACUCACAACUGAUUCUCUUUUUGCCAUCUACGCCGGUCUGACACUGCACUAACUUAAGGUUGUUUGGUUCCAUCGGAAUUGUUCUUUUAACAUGAAAUUAUGGUAAACAAUGAAUUCAUAUGUGUAGAAAUAUCUUUAUAUCAAAAUAAGUUUCAAUAUGUGGUGACAACUUGGAUAGAUCUCAAUGAAAUUGCUUAUUCCCUUUUAUGUUUCAAUCAUUGAAUUCGUAGUAAAGCUAAGGACAAGCAUUUGCCAUUUUAGUACUAUAAUAAAAUAGUGAUGUUCAAUCGAAAACAUCUUUAUUUUUAUAUUAAGGUCUAGAUUUGCUAACUUAGAUUCAUCGUGACCGGUCUUUCUGCAACAUUUUGGAUUUUAUUAGGGAAUUUCUUGAUAUUUUCUGUGACAAUUGAACUCCUUUUAGUUGUUACAGUAACAUAGGAUCAUGUCAAUGAAUUUGUCCUUACGUUUAUGAAUUAUACUGUUAAUGUACAACAGUAUACUUGUCAAUCAUUUAUAGUGUUAAUGUGGUGGUAUAAAAAUAGAUGCCUGAAGUUCUGAGUUGACCUAUAUGUAUACAAACAAAGUAUUGCAAUUUUGCUAUUAAUAUGUCCGGUCUGACAAAGUAUUUAGUAAUAUUGUGUCAUCGUGAACGAAGCUAUCAAUCAUUGAAACCCUAAAGGUGUUUUACAAUUUACUGUUAUUUAUAAGAAAUAAAAGCUAGAUUUUGGAGAUCAUAA